AUGGCGUCUCCAAAUCCUGAGAAUGGGUGCUUGAAUAAGCUUAAGGCAUUGCCUCAAAACAUAUGGAAUAAGGUGGUUGAGAAAGCUAACAAAGCAAAGAAAAUGGCAAAAGAUGAUCCUAGAAAGAUUAUUCAUUCGUUAAAAGUAGGACUUGCUCUUACUUUGGUUUCCUUGUUCUUCUACUUCAAGCCAACUUAUGAUGGUUUUGGUGUCUCUGCUAUGUGGGCUGUUUUAACUGUUAUUGUAGUCUUUGAGUACUCCGCAGGUGCAACAAUGGGAAGAGGAUUGAAUAGGAUGUUGGCUACAUUGAUAGGAAGUUCUCUAGGUUUUGGAGCUCACUGGAUAGCAACUCAUUCUGGAAAGACUGGAGAGCCCAUUCUAAUUGGAAUUUUUGUGUUUAUAUUUGCUGGAAUAGUUACAUUUGUACGAUUUUUCCCAGAAAUGAAAGCGAGAUACGAUUACGGGCUGCUGAUACUCGUGUUGACCUUCUGCUUGAUAUCUGUGUCUGGUUAUAGAGAUGAUGAGGUGAUACACAUGGCUCACAAGAGAGUCACAACAAUUGUUAUUGGUAGCAUUAUUUCUGUGGUUAUUUGCAUUUUAAUCUGUCCUGUAUGGAUCGGAGAAGAUCUUCAUAAUUCAAUCGCUGGAAAUUUGGAGAAACUUGGAAACUUCUUAGAAGGAUUUGGAAGUGAAUACUUUGGAACAUCUGAGGGUGGGCAAGCUAAUAACACCAACAAGUCAUUUCUUCAAGGAUAUAAAAGUGUUUUAGCUUCAAAAAGCAGCGAAGAAACCAUGGCUAAUUUAGCAAGAUGGGAACCAUGUCAUGGUCGAUUCAGGUUCCGUCAUCCUUGGAAACAAUACCUGAAAGUUGGAACCUUAGCUCGUGAAUGCGCCUACAAAGUUGACGCUCUUAACUGCUACCUUCACGCCGAGACCCAAACACCAAUGGAAAUGCGAAGGAAAAUUAAAGAGAUGUGCGCAAGGAUCAGCUCAGAAACUGGCAAGGCAUUGAAGGAAUUAGCAUCAACAGUUAAAACAAUGACAAAAUCAUCAAAGGAAGAUACCCACAUAGCCAACUCAAAAGAAGCUGUAGAAGACCUCAAGUGCAUGCUUAAAACUGGCUUGUGGGAGGACGCUUUGGUUCUAGAGAUUAUUCCAGCUGCUGCUGUAGCUUCACUAUUGAUUGAUAUUAUCACACGCACAGAAAAGAUUGCUGAGUCUGUUCAGGAACUAGCCUUGCUUGCUCAUUUCAAAAGCCCAAACACUACAUCAACCUCACGUCAACAACAUUUACUUCAUAGAGGAACAAUACAACCAACUUCGGAUAGAUCGAAUCACAUUAUUGUCAUUGAUAUGCCAGCUUCAGAGUAA